AGAUGGACUGCAACUUUGGGCAAGGUCUGUGUAGUUGGGUCCAGGAAACAUCGGAUGGUAUCGACUGGAUCCGAAGCAGGGGUCUCCAAGUGGACCAGCCAUUGGAUGGACCUAUGUAUGACCACACCACUGAGGGCAAAAAUGGGUUCUACAUACUGUUAAACGGCUCGGGAUCUGAAGAUGGCGAGAGGGCCGUCAUAUAUCUUCCUCUACACAGCGAACAACAAACAGAUAUCUGCGUGGGAUUCUGGUAUUACAUGCUUGGACCGUCAGUGCCUCGUCUUGACCUGGUGGUUCAAGAUAAGAACUCUGAUUGGCUGGCCUGGACUCGCCAAGGCAGUCAGGAUUCAGAGUGGAUGAACGCACAGGUGACCAUCUCUACCAGCCAGGUGGUCAAGGUCCUGUUUGAAGGCCGGAGGAACACCAGCAGCCGGGGGUUUGUCGCCAUCGACGACAUCACGGUGAGGCAAGGCAUCUGCACCGCCGGUCAUGUAUGCAGCUUUGACUCAAACUUGUGCAACUUUGAGGCGGAUCAUAUGUGGGUUCGCCAAAGAGGGAUGGAGACACAUUUGGACCACACCUCUGGAACUGAGCAUGGGUUCUUCAUGACUGUGCAUGUUCGGGAGGGGCAGCAGGAGGAAGUGGCUCAUCUCCGUACACCAGACUUCCCCGCGUCGACGGGGACGUGCAUACGGUUCUGGUACUGGUUGCAGGCGGGCACCGCUGACAUCCUCUCGGUCCACGUGCUGCAGGGCGCCGACCUCAGCUCUGCUCUGUGGAGCCGCUCCGGAGCGCCCUCUACAGGCUGGGAGGUGGCGGAGCUCACCGUGUCCUCCACCGGCAAGUUUAAGGUGGUGUUCAGUGUGCUGCGGGAUCCCAGCACCAACUCCACGGUACUGCUCGAUGACGUCUCAUGGACGGACGGGCUGUGUGCCCCGCGGGGGGGCUGUGACUUUGAGUCCGGGACGUGCACCUGGGUCAACGUCCCCGUGGAGGGGGGCCACGACUGGGUGCACGCCAACGGACACUUCCAGGGCCCGCCGGCCGACCACACCACGGAGACCAGCGAGGGUGGGUUCUUGCUGAGCUCAGCCCUGCCACAGGGCCAGCCCAGUCGGGCCCAGGUGCUCUCUGAGUGGAUCCACCAGAGAGAGGAGCUGGCCUGUCUGGCCCUCUGGUACCACACAUCCACCAGUGACUUGGGUACAUUGCGUGUAUUCAUACUAUCAGGGCUGGAGGAAAAGCAACUAGUGCUUCAAACUAACCACUCAGGCCCUGGAUGGACCCUGCUCUCUGAUUCUGUAUCCAGCUCCAAACCUUUCCAGGUGAUGAUCGAGGCAGAGUCCCUAGAUGGUGGUUUCGUGGCUGUUGAUGAUAUCAGCAUCAAACCGGGUUCAUGCCCAGGGAAUGAAACAACCGAGGGGUUUACGGGUUGUUCCUUUGAGAAUGACACUUGUGACUGGUUGGACGUCAGUACCAGUAAGUUUCAGUGGCUCAGGAACAGAAACGCAACUCUGAGUGAGAAUACCGGACCGUCUGUGGACAACACACUGGGAACUGAGCUGGGUUGGUACAUGGCGGUGGAGGCAGACAAAGGUGAAGAGAACAGCUUUGCCACCCUGCAAAGUCCCACCAUGAACCAGGCCAGCGCAGACUGUACACUACACUUCUACUACCAUAUGUAUGGAAAAGACAUGGGGGGCCUGCUGGUGGUGCUGGGGACGGACACCAGGUCCACUCCCCUGUGGUGGCUGUCCGGGGACCAGGGGAACCACUGGCUUCACGGGGAGGUCCGGGUGGCCCGCGUCCCUCACCAGUUCUCCAUCUCGUUCGAGGCGGUCCGAAGCUUCAGCCACCUCGGGGACGUGGCCAUCGACGACGUCAGCUUCUCCAACUGCACCCUGCCCGAUCCCCAGCCUUCAUGUCCUGAGGUGAUGUUCACCUGCAACAACAGGGUGUGCGUUGAACGCAACCGAGUGUGUGACUUCACUGAUGACUGCGGAGAUGAGUCUGAUGAGGCAGACUGUGAGCAACACGGGAAGGCCGGGCGCUGCAGCUUCGAGCAGGGCCUGUGUUCCUGGACAGGAAGUGGGUGGACUUGGCACACGGCCACUGACGCCUGGCCCAUGCACGGGCCCCCACGGGACCAUACACAAAACACAAACGCUGGUCACUAUGUCGUCCCGGGGCCUGGGAGUUUGACGGGACCGCCCGGAGAGCUCAUCUCCCACACCCUGCUUCCGAGCGCCAACUGCAGCGUGAGGUUCUACCACUUCAGCCGAGACGACUCCACCGCCCGGCUCAGCCUCCACGCCAGGACGCAGUGGCCAUCUGGCAGUGGCGGCGACACGGCCCUGUGGCUCAGGGACCAAUCACAGAGCUACAGCUGGCAGAGGGCGGAGGUCACCUUCUCCUCCUCGGCUCCGAGCAAGAUAGUUUUCCGCUACGAGCGAGGUCAUGCUUCGGGGUUGGUUGCCCUGGACGACGUGUCUUUCUCGGAAAGCUGCCUCUUUGACACUGGGCCGCCCUGUAAGGACGACGAGUUCCACUGCUGGCGAUCGGAGGGAACUCCAUGUGUGUCGGCGAGCAGGCAGUGUGACUACCGGCUGGAUUGCCCCCUAGGGGAGGACGAGGACACCUGUGGUCCGUGCACCUUCGAGAGGGACCAGUGCCAGUGGAACGACAGCAGCCAGGGGCCGCGCGGGUGGCUGAGACAGAGGGCCACCAACCAGACCACGCCCCCCACCGACCACACCUCACAGACAGGCUUCUACAUGAAAGUGGAGCCCGUUCCUGGGAGGGCGCUUGAUGAGGCUCGUCUCUCGAGUCCCCUUCUCCCGGCCUCGUCCGCCUACUGUCAGAUGCGGUUUCACUUCCACAUGAGCAGUGAGAGAGCUGGGUCACUGGCAGUGCUUAUGCAGCAAGCCGGGGCCGGUGAAGCAACGCUGUGGUCACGCCCUCACAACACUGUCUCCCGUUGGGCCUACGAGUCCCUGCCGCUUGGCCAACACCUCCAGCCAUAUAAGCUGUUCUUCAUUAGCAAGGUGAAUAAAACUGUAGCUUUGGACGACAUCUCCUUCGUGAACUGCGAAGCAUCCUUCCAGCCCCCAGCUCUGUCCAACUACAGCUGCACCUUUGAGGAAGGUCUGUGUGGCUGGGAGCAGGGGUCCCAAGGGCAGCUGGAGUGGCUGAGGACCUCUGGCCCUACAGAUACUCCCAACACGGGGCCCUCCGGAGACCACACCAACGGCACCGGGAAGUACUUGUAUAUAGAGAGUUCCCCGCCAAGUCAAAAGGGGAACGUGGCCUGGUUAAAGUCUCAGCUGCUGGCCCCUGCUGGUGAAGACGGGUACUGCCUCACCUUCUGGUACCACAUGUAUGGAGCCACGGUGGGGUCUCUGAGGGUGGUCCUGCAGAAGGUCGACCCCUAUGAGCAAACAACGGCAUGGCAGCUCAACGGGAGCCAGGGUCGUGAUUGGCAGAUGGGCCGGCUUCACGUGACGGAUCAGCCACGCGUCCACCUGGCCAUCCUGGAGGCCAGGGUGGGCGGGGAGACGGGCGACAUCGCCGUCGACGACGUCAAGCUCGUCAGCGGCCCGUGCGCCGCCUCAGAUGUGUGUGACUUUGAGACGGGGAGCUGUAAUUGGCAGCAGGAAGCAAACGACAAUUCAGGCUGGGUCCGAUGGUCGGGCCCCAGCCCCAACCCCAACACCGGCCCUGUCACCGACCACACCACCCACACGGACUGGGGACAUUACUACCUCCUGCCCUCCAAGGCCUCGGACCUGUCUGGGCACAGAACCAAGAUGGCCUCACCCUGGUUCACUGCAGUGAAUGGAGGGUGCCUGCAGCUCUGGUACCACAUGCACGGCCCAGGCGUGGGGACCCUGAACGUGUACCGUCAGAGCCAGUCAGGCCAGGACACCCUGCUGCUGUUCGGCUCCGGGGACCACAGCCCCAUGUGGAGGUUCGCCCAGGCCCCCCUGGGGGACCACCCCCUGCCAUACCGGAUCGUGGUGGAAGGCGUGAGUGAGGGCCCCACCCAGAGCGGGGACAUGGCCUUCGACGACGUCCAGGUCACCCACCAACCCUGCCCCCCGCCGGGCCACUGCGACUUUGAGAGCAGCCUGUGUGACUGGAGCAACCUGGGUGGAGGAGAGGACCUGGGUGGAGGAGCGGACCUGGGGGGCUGGCUCAGGGGCCGGGGAGCCUCCCCACACCCCAGCAACGGGCCCGACGUCGAUCACACCACCGACUCAGAUCAGGGUUACUAUGUGCAUAUUGACACCUAUGUUGGUGGUUGGGGAACGGUGUCGUCCCUGCGAGGGGAUUUACUCCAAGCCGCCACUGGAGGGCACUGUCUCAACUUUUGGUACCAUAUGAAUGGUAGUGAUGUGGGCACUCUGCAGGUGUAUAUAAAUGACAGGAAAAUGCACAACAGCGGCGAAGGGGAAGGAGUUCUACUUUGGAAUAAGGAUGGUAACCAAGGACACACGUGGCUGGAGGCUAGCGUGCCUGUUCUUCACGGAAAUGCAUUCUGGUUUGUGUUUGUGUAUCAGGGUGGAACGGGUGGCGGUGGCACCGUGGCGCUGGACGAUAUCAACGUCCUGUCCGGACCGUGCCCCAAUGCGCCCCCUACGCCACCGACCACUGAAGAAUCACUGACCGUUGGGCUGGCAGUGGGACUCACUCUGAUGUCGGGCGUUGCCAUCGCCAGCAGCCUCUUCGCGUUCAAUAAUUGGUGGACUGCAAGGUGGUCCGCAAGUGGUUUUGUCUGUGUGUGCGGGUGCCUCGGGGGUGCACCGGAGAACACCGACCGUGUGGAAAUCGCCCGGAACUCAGUAUUUGAGAUUAUGAGCGACCAAGAAGCACAACAUGAAAAUGAAUCAGACCUUUCCUUCUUCAACAAUUUGUAUGAGCCGUCCCAACCAGAUACCCCCGUGUGAGCACAGAUGCAUAAUAGAUCAUAUAUUGGUGUUAUAUGAUUCCUAAGUUAAUAAUAAAUGCAAUUCAU